AUGGCAGUCUGUGGAAGCCUUCAACACAUCUUCCAACAGCCAAUGCCGGAAAGUCCAAGACUGCUCGAUUCCUUCUCACCAUGGAACCAGAUUAAAGCCAUGAAACCCAUUGAAGACUCUUCUUUUACAGAUAUCUUUGAGGGUCUUGGAUUUGAAAGCUCUGAUGAUUUAGAGGACUUGAAGAAUGAAAUGAACAUAGAUUGGCCACACUACGAAGAGAAAACGUGUAAUAGAAGGCAUUCACUGCCUGAAAAUAUAUGCAGAGAUUCUAAGAGAUCAAGGACAAGUGGAAGGGCAUUUCCUCCACCCAUAUCUUGUAUAGGCAGAAGUGGUUGGCCUUGGGUGUGCUUUAAAUCUUAUCGGCACGAUGGCAGGUUUAUUCUUAAGGAGAUUAGGAUUCGAACACAAGAUUUCCUGCAUGCAUCUCGAGAAGAUGGGAGGUUGAAGCUUCACUUUAUUCAAUCAGAUGAUGAAACUCUUGAGGAAGCUGAGGAGGAGGAAGAAGAAGUAGAUGAAGAAGAUGAUCAAAUUCUUGAGAAGACAGGCGUUUGA